AAAGCAGGAGUCAGGAAUGCACCCUCAACACUGCACUGGCUGAAGCAAAUAGCUACGAGGAGAGGAAAGAGUUAACGGCACACAGAGGAGCAUCCUUAGACUGAGAAUUUAGUGGGCUUGGAAGGAUACGAGUCCAGGAAGAUGUAAACGCAGGAGCAGAGUAUUGGAGCUGGGAGGAUGCUGAAGCUGGAGAAUGUGAGGAUUAUAUGGAGUCUGACAGCUUAAGAGAGAGAGAUCAGUGAUGCACAGGAAUCUGACAGGCAUUCGGAGAGAUGGCAUUCAGUACGGCCCCGUAAUAUGCAUACAGGAGGGGCUGAGAGCUGGGCGAAAGGACACAACGAGGCUUGGCAGAGAGAUGAAAGGGAGAUCACAGAAUCAAUUGAACAAUGAGCUUGGAACGACAAAAGGCAACAUCGACAACAUCAAACAACAAUGAGAAAUAUACAGAAUAUCGUUCAAUACUGCCAAUACAGGAACAGAGAGAGACAGCGAGAGACAGAGAGACAGAUAAAUAUUGCCAAUGCAAGAACAGAAAGACAGAGAAUACUACUAAUACAGGAACAGAGAGAGACAGCAAGAGACAGAGAAAUACUGUCCAUGCAAGAACAGAAAGUGCGACAUAGAGACAGAGAAAUACUGCUAAUGCAGAAACAGAGAGAGCGACAGAGAGAGAAAUUCAGCACUCUAAACGACAUGAUACAAGGCAACAGAACAACAAACAACACAGAGAAAACAGAAGAACAUCAGAGUUCAAUACUGUUUAUACAGAACAAAGCGAGAGAGAAAGAGAAAGAGAGGAAGAGACAGAGAGGAAGAGAUGGAUCAAGUCAGAGAAAAAUGGAGCUGCACUUUAAAUAGCCUGAGUCUGAGAUCAACACAGAGGUAGAGACAGAGGGACAGGGAAAGGCAGAGAGACAAUGGGCUGAACACAACAUGACCCAAGGAACAGGACAACAAACAUGGACAGAUAUAGAAUAACAUCACAGCUCAAUACGGCUAAUACAGGAACAGACACAGUGAGAGAGAGACGGUGAGAGAGAGAAUGAGAGAGUCAGUGAGAGAGACACAGAGAGAUAGUGAGAGAGAAACACAGAGAGGCAGUGCAAGAGAGAGAGACUGAGAGAGGGACACACAGAGAGACAGUGAGAGAGACAGAGAUACACGGAGAGACGAUGAGAGAGAGACACACGCACAGAGACAGUGAGAGAGAGACAGUGAUAUAGUGAGAGAGAUACAGAAAGGCAGUGAAUGAGAGACACACAGAGGGACGGUGAGAGGAAAUAACAGAGAGAGAGAGACAGUGAGAGAGAGAAACACAGACAGUGAGAGAGAGAGAGAGAGAGUGACACACAGACAGAGACAGUGAGAGAGAAACAGAGAGAGAGAGAGAAAGAGAGAGAAACACAGAGAGACAGUGCAAGAGAGAGAGACAGUGAGAAAGCGACACACAGAGAGACAGUGAGAGAGACACACAAAGACAGUGAGACAGAGAGAAGCACAGAGAGACAGUGAGAGAGACAGAGAUACACGGAGAGACGAUGAGAGAGAGACACACACAGAGACAGUGAGAGAGAGACAGUGAUAUAGUGAGAGAGAUACAGAGAGGCAGUGAAUGAGAGACACACAGAGGGACGGUGAGAGGAAAUAACAGAGAGAGAGAGACAGUGAGAGAGAAACACAGAGACAGUGAGAGAGAGUGACACACACACACACACAGAGACAGUGAGAGAGAAACACAGAGAGACAGAGAGAGUGACAUACACACACAGAGACAGUGAGAGAGACACAGACACACAGAGAGACAGUGAGACAGUGAAAGUGACAGAGAGGCAAUGAGAGGCAGAAAGAGAGACAGUGAGAGAGAGAGACAAUAAGUUUGUCAGACAGAGAAUAAUAAUAACUUUAUUAGUAAUAAAACUUUAACCAAAAUUACAAAUAUUUCUUGGGACAGAUGAACAGAUGGCAUAGUGCACCAGACUCCAUCAUCACAUGCCAGGACUCCUGUGACAUGCCGGUAAAGACAGCUGGGCUGGAUUUAAUGAGAGAGAAAAAAUAACAUGACAAGGGUGAAAACCGCUCAAAAGAAUGAGAGAGACAAUGAAACCUUCUACUUGGACUCCAAUUGUCUACCACCAUUCUGCAACCACACAAUUGGAAAUCUUGCUUUCAC